AUGGCAUCGUCACUCCCCUACGCCGUGCCGGCCAACUACGUGAUCCAACUAGUCGAAGAAGGCUCGGUGGGCGCACAGCAGCCAUUCGCACAGACACUCGAACCGGUCCAGCCUCACGGCCAUCCAUCGCACUUCCAGUUUCCGAGGACAUCGCUGCACGAGGCCACACUGCACACGCACUUCCGCGGGCCCCAUGCGCCCGGCAGCGUGGCAGCGCCCAAGCCGGCCAAUCUGUGGGUGCCGCCGACCGACAUUCGUGAGACGAUGCGUGCGUACCACAUCGAAAUCGAAACGCCGGGGGUCCUGGAUAAGAACGACAUUGUGAUUCAAUGGUUGAGCCCGCAUACUUUGCUGGUGCAGGGCGACAUUCGCCGGCCGAAGAAUAUCGGUCUGUUGGAUCCCAAGGAGGGCGAGCGGAUCUGGGAGGGCGAAGGCGAAGGGUGGGCUCAAGAAACCGGCCAUGCAAAGGCGGCAACAGAUGAAGAUGAUGGCGGUCCAAUCCAACGCACUUUGUCCCGAGAAACCGUCGAGGCCGAGUUGAGAGCCGACGCAAUACCCACCAUCCUCUUGGGCGAGCGUAAACUCGGCCCGUGGCGCCGCACAUUUACUCUCCCCGAAGAUGUGGAGAUGAAGGAACUGAAGGCCAGGCUGGACGGCGGGUUGUUGAGGAUCGACUUGCCCAAACGUAGCGUCGAGGACACCGCGGCGCUGAGGGGCGGUGGGAUCCGUAUUGAGAUUGAUUGA